AUGUCUGGCUCGAGAUAUAUCGCCCCAUUACCCACUCCACCUUACUACGGUGUCUUUGAUUUCUCGCCCCAAGUUGUUCGCCGGUUCCGGGAUCGAUUUUCACAGUCAAACCCAUCUGUGCUUGACCAUAUGGUUGAUCUCAAUGACCGCAGAACGACCGCUGGUUUCCACGACAUAGAUCACUUGAGCAGUAUUUUGGACCGCUUUUCCGCACAAUCGCCACUCGAACGUCGAUUUUGUGCGUUAACUGUUGGUGAAGAUAAUCCAAGCGUGAUUAAAGAUGGCGAGGAUCUUGGAUUUAAAGGACGAAUCAUAUCUCAACUUCCUUAUCGACUCGUCUUCAGAACGGAUAACAAAAAGGGACACGAAGCUUGGCAGAUCAAUGGGGAUUAUAUUAUUGGAAUCAAUAUGGACCAGGCGAAGACACUGGUUCCUUAUUUUUUGAAUCUUUCAGACGAACUCAUCAUUCAGAUACUUCACUUUUGCGCCUACAUUGAUAUACUUCGAUUCGCUGCGACAAGCCAAAGGCACCAUGCCAUUUUAUCCAACUCAAUCUCAUUGAAGUUUCAUAUUGAACUCGAAGUCAAUGGGUUACAUGUUGUGGAGGGGUCGAGGAAAGGAGAGGCAACGUACUCGCGCUUACUGGAAGAGCUCAUAUGCUAUCGUGACGCCUGGCUCAAUUUAGAAUUGGAAGAUCCGAUAGAAAGGAUUUCGAACCGAGAAAUGUUACUCUGGGAGCUGCGCGAAGGAAACUAUGUGGUAGCCUUUACCUCAGAGUCUGAUGCCGCGUGGGCUACUGAUUCGUGGGGCCCUGAUUCGAUGCAAUUAACACCCAUCGGUUCCUUGGAGACACCCCAACCCGUCACUUUUUCGACUUUUUACAAUGAGUUAACUUUAGACUUUGAGCAAGAUUUGGUCGCCUUGGUAAAGACCAACCCGGACAAUAAAAUGUCACUCGAGGUCAGACUAUGUUCGACUACUACUGGACUCUCCCACCCACUUGCACGGAACCCUGUCUUUUUCGUUCAAGUCGGCUUCCGGAUUCCUGGACCAGGUCAUCAAACUUUCACGCUUGAAGUAAUCGGUGAUAUCCUAGUGGUCAGGAUUGCAGAAAUUUUAGACUAUGAAUACGAAAUUAUGGCUUGGAACUGGAAAUCUGGUGCGCUUCUUUGUAGGAUAGGAUCUAUCUCUGGCAUAGCAGAUUUUACCCUACUCGAUAGCACGCAUUUAGCUUUAUUCUCUGUUACCACGGAUGAGCAGGGGCCACGAUUAAUCGCACUCUCCUUGUAUUCUAUGAUUCCCCAUACUCAUGAUGAAACCGCAACAGGCCCAUAUUUUUCUGCUAUGGAAUAUGAGAGCGCUCAACCUAGUCUAGUGUUCGAAUUUCCAAAGCUAGACGAUGCCUACCAAGUCUUAUCGAGGGUCAUCAUGAGAUCAGACCCUAUACCAGGGCGGACAACGUACACCAAAUCUGCCAGUUUUGCCCAUUCGACUGCACUUACUUUGAGCAUAAUUAUGUCUCUCUCGCAUUUCUCUUCCCCAGAUAUGGAUGAAAACUCAGUUCAUCUUCGAAUCUUUGUCGACGCUAAGUCUUUAUUAUCUUACCUCCUGGAGCCCACUGGCCACGAAGAUACUGUUGUCAUACCAUGGGAAGUAUGGGGCACGCGUGCCACCCGAUGGUUUUUAUGCGAAAAGCAAACAACUUACUGGGUAUAUUGGACAUCCGGCUCUAGGUUUGUUAGGGUUAACGAGAAUGCACACUCGGAUCUUGAUGACCUAUCCGUCUUUGAUUUCCACCCCCCAAUAGUCAAACGAACUUCCCCUUAUAGCAACCGUGACUCUACAGAGGACCAAAUGCCUUUAUAUAAAGAGAAAAUGAGGGAAAAUGUUUUGAAUGGGAGGGGGUUGCUCGUACCUCAUCCUGAGACCCUGGAUCCAGAUACUAGUGUUCCCCCAUCGCUUACCCACACCGUUGGCAGCGAUAUGCCUACUGUAAUUAAGACGGGUUUCGCUGUCCCGAUAGAGUCAUGUCUGUCGUAUCGAGUCGUCACUAGGCCAUCAUCUGUACCUCACCUUGAAGAUUGGUCGAUUGACGGAAGCCAUAUCAUCGGUAUGAUGACUCAAGUGCAAGGUACUUAUGACCAACUUACUGUGUACAAACUACGAGUAUAG